CGUUCCUCCAGUCUCCCGUACAGGCGCUGUUUUCCAGCCGCUGCUGUGGAGCAGGUAGGUUUACCAGCUGCGUUGUAGAAAUGGGUGAAGGAAUGUGUUGGUUGGAAAGAUAAGAACCUCAUCAAGCCGAAGACAGGACAUGUGGACGGGUUAACCGAAACAAAGCUACCGCCGCUUGGCUAAGACUGAGAAUUCCUUUAGCUAAUGUUUGUUUUCUGCUGUUAAUGAUGUGAUUUAUGCUGCCUUUUUAACACCUGAAGUUUACUUAACUUGUUCACAUGGAUCAAUAUUUAAAGGAGAAUAAUUAAAACUGAGAUUUGAGGGGAAAAGUGCCCCAUAAGUGAAGAUGUUUGUUAAAAUGUUUUCUCUUUUUAUGUCCGAGCCGUUUCUUUUCUCACCAACACUCGUUACUGUGAGAGUUGUUUGUCUACAUUCCAGUUUGUUUAUUUUUGAUACAGAGACGCACAAAUUUAGACAGCAAAAUGGAUGUUUGUUGGAUUUUGAAAAAUGUUUUAGAAUAAGGUUUUGACGAAAUGGAAUCAAAGUAAUCUAGGAUAAUUCUUAAGUUUUUAGUUGUUGUUUUUAAACCACGGCGCCAUCUAGCGUUCACAUGUAAAAUGUCUCAUCAGAUGUUUAUAUUGUCAUAGUUUUUUAUUUGCUACUUGCCUUGAUAUUUCCUCACUAAUGUUCUUUAUUCCUCUUUGACCUUCAGAGAACAGCUGGAUAUCUACUGUGAUUGAAUUGCCUGGAUCAAUUGAUUCUUAUAAAGGCUAAUUUAUAUUUUUAGUUAAACUGGAUCAAUAUUUGAAUUCAAAUAAGCAUUUUAUGUUGAAUUGGCUGCAAAAAGUAAUGCCUGCUAAGAAGGAUGUUAUGUGUGGACUCUUCUUUUAUUACUUCCCUUCAGUUUCUGCAUACAGGAGGCGUUUAUCCUAGACUUCCACGAUGGAUCCAGAUGUUUUAGGGAAAAGCCAGCUGCUGGAUUCUCUGAAGGCCUAUCUGAACAACAAAACCAGAUUACAACCCAUCAUUGGCCUGGGCACCAUCAUAGAGUGUGUGAACGUGAGUUCACAACUCAGACAGACCCUGUACCUGUGUGAGGUGUGCGACUGCAGACUCACCAAAGCUGAUAUGCGAAACCAUAUAAUGGGGAGUCAUCACAGGUUCAACUACAUCAAAACCCAUCACCCUUACAUGGUGUCUAAAUGGCUGGAGAGCCCUGACCUGUCUAAGAUGGCCUGGCCUCUCAUGGAGUUGGCUAAGGUGCUGGAGAAAAAAGAAGGACCAGGACUCGUCCAAUUGUUUGAAGUUAAGGAUGAUCAUUACCAGAUGAUGGCAACGCAGAGUGAAAAUCACGCAGUUACUCUGGCGAAGGCCUUAAGAAAACAGCAGGAGUUGGAGAGCUUUUCAAAGACGGCCCCUCUGCAUUAUCCCGUUGUCUCCCAGAGGACUGUUUUGCCUGCACGCAACCAACCAAAAGAUCCAGAGUCCCGUGACAGGACCUGCUUUAAAAACAUCUCCCCACCACAGCUGGAAGAGGUCCAGAUGUUGGGAGACGCCUCUGUAGAACCGGAGAGAGCCACAGACUUUCUAGACGAUGGCGCUGAAACAAAGCCUCUCAUUGGUCUUGCCCGUGUGGUUGAGUUUAGAAGUGAAGACGGCUGCUCAUAUUGUUUUUUAUGCCACUGCUGUCGCAUAAGAUCCACCAAACAGGACAUCACUGAUCACCUAACCAGCUCAUCCCAUCUAGUUAACUACCUGAUGGAGAUUUAUCCAGAUUACAUGGAAGCUUUGGGUGAAGUUACUGAGGAUAACUUCCAGCUUCAGUCACUGGCUGCUAAAGUGGAGGAAGAGGAGGGCAGAGGGGAGAUGAAGAUAGUAAAUGUACCAGAGUCCAUCUGUAGUCAACUCACUGGCAAAAGUUACCACUGGUGUUUAAAGAUGCUUUCGAGUGGAGGGAAAUAUUCUAACCUUCGGCAAAAAAGAGAAGCUGUCAGAGGUGUGAAUCAGAUAACAGCUCCACCUGCGGGAAAGAAAAUCCCAGUGAUCUCAAAACGAAGAGAAAAAAGAAAAAAAAAACAAAUGAAGAACAACCAAGGGAAAAAGACUGAUACCAUGUUUAACGUGAGCCUGCCUGUUGGUAAAGGUGAACUGCUGCUGGAGAGAAGAUCUUUUAGCAAAUUUCGUCGGUUUGAGUCACCUGAAUCACUUCCAUCUAAACUGGACCCAGUUAAAUCCCCCUCUGGGAUGGUAGAAACCAGCUCUCUAGCAGAUGACCCUGUAGAUCCUACUAAUGCUGACCCAGAGCUGCCAAGCUCUCGCGUAGAGCGGCAUCUUUACACAGAAGAUGCAGGAACUAUGGAACAUAAUACAGACACACAAAUCAAAGUCACGGUUUUCCAGGAUGGGGAUGGCUACUUUGAAGAGCACCAGUCUGAACACAAUAAACCAGUCGGACCUCAGGAAUGCCUGAGUGCAGACUGGAACCCGGAAGCUCCACAGGCCCAGAGUGGGGAACUAUUUUCUUCAAUACCCCACCAUUAUAACUCCAACUACAUGAAUGGAAACUGUAGCUCUGAUUUCUGGUACAGUUCAGCGUCCGCUGGAGAAAACGAGGAAGCAUCAAGACAAGGGAGAGGAAGAAUGGAUGUUAACUCGAGCUCAGUUCAACAGCAGCCUCAAUAUCAGCAGCCAUCAUGGAGCAACACGCUUCCUUACACAAAGGGUAUUUGGGAGCAUCAAGUUGUUUCCUAUUUGAACACUGUCAGGAUAAACACACAAAGUGACUCUGGACAUAUCCCUGUAUGUGGAGGUGGCUUUUCAGAAGGAUCUAGAGGACAUGAGUAUGAGACUCAGCAGAGAUACUCUGAACUCUCUGCUGACCAUUACCAACCGGUUCCUCAUUCUUACACCACUCCGCCUUCAGCAUUUGAAGUCAGCCCAAUGCAGCAGAGGCUGAUGUUUCAUACCAACAGUGGUGCUUUACCUUCGACUCAGCCAUACCUUUCCUACCCAGUCACACAUGGACGUGGUUGGGGAUGGACUCAGGCUGAUGCCGUUAUUCAGCCAGACCAAACUGGCUUUUACAAUGCCAGCUCUGAUGUUUAUUUCAGAGCUGGCGUCUAAAUGCAAUAGAUCCAAACUUCAGGACUCAACGCUCCAGCCUUUUUUUUAGGUGUUUAAAUGAUGGAAUAGCUUCUAUAUUUUUUAAGUACCCCAUUAUUUGUACAAACCGGGAGUCUUCUGAAGUAAAUAUUAUUUGGUUGUUGAUUAACUUGGAGAUGAAGCGACAAAAGGCCGUAUUGAGAAAGACAUGAUUGUAUUCUGAUUUAUUUCAAAGCUGCUAUUGCUGCUUAUGUUCAGUUAAAUUUAAAACUACUUCAUCAGUGCCAAAGAGAAACUGAUUUCUUGUGAUGGUCUGUGUUAAAGUGGCACUAAAGACAACCUGCUGUUAUAUUAAAGUAUUACUGAAGGUUAAACAUUAUGUUUUAACUUUGAUGAAAUGUUCAUUGUAUUUGAAAUGUUCUUCUUUGUAUUUUCUGCUUGGUGCGUACAGUCGGUGUGUAAAGCUGCAGCACGCUGUGCCUGUGCUCCACUGACCCAGUACUGUGCCUUUCAGAGUAACAACUUGUCACAACCUCCACCUGCAGCUAACUGCUAUCAGAUAUUUUUGGGCAAAGCAGAUCUACUGAUGCACAUGAUGUGAUCUGAGUAUACAUCUUCUGCAAAAGCUUAAAUAAAAACUCGAUUGUAUCUUCUC